UUUAUCCGAUUGUGGUACGCGUUCAAUUGAGCACAGCGUUCGUUCGUUGGUGCAUUAUAUAUGUCGUCUCACUCACGAUGAUGGCUACCAAGACAUUCGCGUCCAGUGUCCCGAGCGGCACGGGGAGUACAAACACGAAUCAAAACACCAAGGCUGUACAAGCGAUUCAAGUCCUGUCGCGAUGGCGAUCCGGAAUGAGGUCCACACGGCUCCGACAUCGUCGGCUAUCAGCGUCCCGUUUCGUGCCGACAGGCGGGAAUCACGGUGGCGUAAACGACCAUGGCAGACAUGAAGCAGUGCCGCAAACCCAAAUACAAACUAAAUGGAUUUCGCUUUUACGAAAUAAAGGAUUCGCUCACUUGAAGGCACCCACGAAAGAUGAGAUGCGACAGGAAAAGAAGAAAUCAAUGAUCAGAGGACUGAAAGCGGAUCCGCCUCUGAUCCGGUUCCGACGAGCAGUUCGGAUUGUACAGACGUUACUCAGAGCGCUCACCACUUCCGACAGAGAGGCGAGGUUACGUAAUUCUGAGUUGAAAUUCCUCCUAUAUUCACCAGAAGAUAGCCUUGAUUCAACGAUAGGCGGGUCUGGGCUCUACUUUGACGUAUCUUAUUACAAAGCCAAAAAAGAGACGCAUAUUAGUCCCGAUGCCAAGGCCAUAUUGUCCAUGCCACCCGAAGAACGGACGGAAGAACAACAAAAAGUGGCUUUACUGUCGCUCAAAAAUGCAGUCGAAUCCUUUGCAGAAUUCCCCAAGAAAAUGCAGCAUUCCCUUGUCAGGGUUGGUUGGUAUGAAAGUUACGAGGCUUCCAGAGUUAUUAUUAGACAAGGCCACCACGCUGAGAAUUUCUAUAUGAUUCUUUGUGGCACUGCCGUUGUGACGUUAUCCACGAGGAAUUCUAAGACCGGUGAAACGAACAUGAAUACAGUAGCAUUCCUUAAGAAAGGAAACAGCUUUGGGGAACUUGCUAUAAUGCACCAUUCAAAGAGAACUGCCACCGUAAGCUGCCAAGACGGCGUUGAACUGCUAGCUGUGGGCAGAGAGGAUUUCGUUGACAUUUUUAUGCACAGGAGCGAGGGAGCUGAGCCUGAGUUCAUACAAUACUUACGGACAUUGGUCGAAUUUCAGGGUUGGCCAGUACAUCAACUACCAAACGACGAUCCCAAAAUUUGUCUUUAUAUGUUUUUUCGUCGGGGCUGUGUUAUAUGUAAAGACAGCAACCAAACGGAUUGGAUAUACGUCAUUAAAUCGGGUUCUUGUCGCGUGUUGAAGAAAUUACAAGCUACAAAGCCGGACAUCCGAGGACUUCGAUCAGUAGUACCGAACGCACAGAUACCCUUAAGUCCCAGGAGUAGAGCAGGCGAACGGUCGAUGACCUCUCUUUCAAAAAGCCACCCUUUGCCAAGGGUAGUUCGAACACGACCGAGUACCGUGUCGUCACUGAAAGAUCCAGAACCUCAACGGAAGAAGUCGUUACCAUCGAUACGAGUUAAAAGUCCCGGUCAAGUGAGCAAAGACACUGAGGAGUUUGAGAAAAAACUCGAAGAAGAGCGAAUGGAAACGAGGUCACUGAAUGGAAGGGAUCGUAGUUCACAACCAUCGUCACCGAGGGCGGCAUUCAGUGUUAAGUGUGAAUCGCCACCGCCAAGAUCAAGACGAGCACCAAAAAAUGUAUACGUACAACUGCAAAAACUUGUAGAAAAAGACAUAUUUGGCCUUAUUCCCAUAAUUCUAGGAGAGGUAGAGGGCGGUUCAAUGAGCACAGUGCUAGUCUCAGACGGAGCGGAGUGUAUACUAAUCAACAAGAAAUUCUUCUUACAACAUCUUACACAAUCACAACGGAAAAGGUUGCGUUUAAUGUUACGGCCCUAUCCGACGGAAGGAAGUCUACAACAACGUCUGCAGGACCAGACGAAUUGGCAGGCCUACAAAAGUAUGAUGAUGAGCACUAUGCCAAGUUUUCAACAACAGUUUCACACGGAAGACCUCCGUUUAUAAGGUUACAAAUCACAACAAAACGGGAAAGCUCAAAAAUGUCAUGAAAACAUUCAACCUAGACUUCUUGGUCGGUCAUUGACCAUAUAUGGAGGUCAAAACAAGAUGGAGGGAGAUGAAUUGACCGAACGAUACAGCAUCAGUGUGUAUGAUUUUGGUGGAUUGGGCGAAUGCUUACCAAAAUCCGUAGUGGUGCUUCGGCUGUGUUGUUGUCUAUUUACAUUGACAUUUCGAAUGAGGAAGGUGGCUACCCAGUCAGACCAAUCAAAGAGCAGCUUAUUUAUCAGACCAAUCAAAGAGCAGCUUCUUUGUUGACAGGUUUUGUAUGCUCGGGCUCAACUGAACGAUUGCGAUUGCUGACUGUAACGUCAGCUGGAGGAACGCAGCCGAUGGCUCUUUGAUCAACAAGUCGUGCAGGCCGUGUACAGCUGACUGCUGCUGGUAGGCAUGUUAGGGAUGGCCAAGACUCGUGUUUGCUAGGAUAGUGACGAUGCAUGCUACAAACUGAAAAUAUGGUGUAAUGAAUCCAAACACUAACUGUUGUAUAAUAAGGGAUGAACUUGUGUUGGGAGAUGUGGCUAUCAUAAUGACGAUGUUGAGUUGUCGUAAUGUUGUGGACAUCUGAGCUGUCGUUGGAAUGUUAUUAUAGACAGAUGUUAAAUAACGUGUCCUUAUAGUUUUAUGGCGAUGUUGAGAUACUUUCAGGACUAGGUUUCGUCGCAAAGGUGGGGUGUUGUCGCGAUGUUGAGCCAUCGUCGCAUUGUUGAUGUGGUGUGGCGUUGUUAUGACCACGUUAAUAGCUAUCAUCGUGUUGUCAUGGUGCUGUGGCGAUGUUAAGUUGUCGUCGCAAUAUUGUGGUCACAUAUUACAGAUAUAUAUACAUAUAUAUAGGAUAUAUAGUGCUGAGCAGAUGCGUGAACAUCCGUUACAGUUGUAAAUAAAAAAUCUUUUCGCAUUACUUUUGAGAAAAUAUAUAGAGGAAAACAACAGCUGCUAUAUGUGUUAUAUCGAUACUUUGCUGAAGGUGCCGAUUAAUAUUCAAGACAAAAAGAAAACAAUUUCCGCUUUAUUCCGUCCGCUACUGUCGCCACCAACGGCAGAAAAAUGCCUAUAUGGCGUCUAUAGGGGGCGCUGUCUUAUGUAAAUUGUUAUUUAUCGCAAUUGCGUGUACCAUAUUGUAAAAAAACAGAUGUUGAAAUCAGAAUAAAUAUAACAUGUUUUAAUU